AUGGCCUGUCCUGUGUGGUCACUGGCCCUGGUCCUGCUCCUGCAGCUUGUAGUGCUGUGGGCAAUCCCUAAUGGAAAGAAAACUGAUCCCCACGUGCACUUUUAUUUCCACAAGGGAAUCGGGGAGUCCUGCGAAGAUCACCAGGAGUGCCGGAGCCAGUGCUGCGUUGCCAACAGCUUGAGUCCACGCACGUUUUGCACACCCCAGACGAUCCUUCUCCGCUGUGUGCCCUGGAGGAAGCCCCUGGGGUACGAGUGCCGGGACCAUCAGGAGUGCCAGAGCUUGUGCUGUGCGUUCGCCGAGAAUGCUCUGCAUACCAUCUGCACGGACAGGACCAUCUUUAUGCAGUGCAUCCCCUGGAGAAAGCCGGACAUGGACUUCUGUAGCAACCAUGACGACUGCGCGAGCAGGUGCUGCACGAGGCUGAUAGAGGAUGGCUACAACCGCUGCAUCCCCAGGAAGGGCCUCAUCGCCCAGUGCCUGUCCCAGAGUCCACGAGUGUCCGGAGCCUCAGCUGCAAGUGGCGACUGUGAGGGCUCAGGCCAGCGGGCAGUGACGACGCGGCUUCACAGGGACCAGGUGCAGGCCGAGCUGAGCUGCGGGCCUUCCCUGCAGAGGUGUCGGGAAGGAAGUGCUUUGUGCUCUGCUGUUAGGCUCUUGACAAGGUCCACAGACACGGCCCAGCCAGUCCUGACCUGCAGCAAGGCCAGGUCCCUUCGAUGGUCCAGGACGCUGCUGGCUCCUCCUGGAACCUGGAGCUUUGCAUAG